CAACCUGGCGGCUGGAGUUUAGUCCCCGCUCUGCUGUGGGUGAAGCUGUGUCUGUUCCCAGGGCUUCGGGGGCCCCUGUCGUUUCGGGAUCCUCAUCAUGAUGGGGACAAAGGCGAAAGACGGGAGAAAACAGUUGCUUCUCUUCAUAUCGGUGAUCCUGUGCUCCCUGGCGUUGACCAAAGGUACAGUCUACACUUCUGAACCUGUAGUCAGAGUCGCUGAGAAUAAACCCGCCAAGUUGUCCUGCACCUACUCGGGCUUCAACUCUCCCCGUGUGGAGUGGAAGUUUGCCCAAGGCGACACCACCAGCCUUGUUUGCUAUAACAACAAGAUCACAGCUUCCUAUGAGGACCGAGUUACCUUCUCGCCUAGCGGCAUCACCUUCCAUUCAGUGACCCGGAAAGACACGGGGACAUAUACUUGUAUGGUCUCUGAUGAUGGCGGCAACACCUACGGGGAGGUCAGCAUCGAGCUCAUUGUGCUUGUGCCUCCAUCCAAACCUACAGUCAACAUCCCCUCCUCUGCCACCAUCGGGAACCGGGCAGUGCUGACCUGCUCAGAGAAAGAUGGUUCCCCACCCUCUGAAUACACCUGGUACAGGGACGGGGUGCUGAUGCCUACGGAGCCCAAGAGCAACCGUGCCUUCAGCAACUCUUCCUAUAGCCUGAAUCAGAAGACAGGGGAGCUGGUCUUUGAUCCGGUGUCGGCCUUUGAUACUGGAGAAUACACUUGUCAGGCGCAGAAUGGGUAUGGGACACCCAUGAGGUCGGACGCUGUGCGCAUGGAAGCUACCGAGUUGAAUGUGGGGGGCAUCGUGGCAGCUGUCCUUGUAACACUCAUUCUCCUUGGAUUCUUGAUUUUUGGCAUCUGGUUCGCCUAUAGCCGAGGCUACUUUGACAGAGUGAAGAAAGGGACCUCGAGUUCGAAUAAGAAGGUGAUUUACAGCCAGCCCACCGCUCGAAGUGAAGGGGAAUUCAGACAGACCUCGUCAUUCCUGGUGUGACCUGGUCCGGCUCAUCUCCUGUCCUCUGUGCUUGCCUUGCUCAGGUGCUACCAGACUCUGGCCCCUAAUGUCUGUAGUUUCACAGGAUGCCUUAUUUGUCUUCUAGCCCCACAGGGGCCCCCACUUUUACCUUAGUUAGGAUGUGUUUGUAAUAAUGCCAGCUAUGUGCCCCAUCCUCCUUCCCCCCUCCCUUCCUUUCCCACCGCUGUGGAGUGGCCUGGGACUUGUUUAAAGCUUUCACUCCCCAUCCCUAUGUGGGAUUGGGCAUGAGUCCCGAGUGAUGUCUAUGGACUUCCCUUCCAACCAGACGGCGAGAAUGGCAGGCAGUCCCUACCCUCCUGCGUGUGGAGGCCCUCCAGAAGGGGUCUUGAGCCCAUCCUGUUCCUGCUCUUUCCUCCUGUACUGAGAACUGGUCCCAGCUCUUUGGGAGUGGGAACUGGAGACCGGAGCAGCUGAAAUGGUUGUUUGGUGUCGACGUCAAGUCCCUUUCGCCUCUGCAGCCCACUUCCUUCUGUCUUCCCAUGGGAAGCGCCCCUGGGAUCAAUCCUCCUGCAUCCUCUUCCUCCUGAACACAAGCAGACUGAUACCAACUGUGUCUGUAGGAAAAUGGGGGUCUUUUGUCAUGGAGAGCAUAGUGAGCUUUCAGGGGACGUGGAACAGAAGAGUUUUAAAAUCACUGAUCUAAAGAAAAAAAGCUGGAGCUGGUAGAACGAGCCGUCACCCCUCCCUUGGCUGGAACAACUGGAUGGACCCUUUUAAGACAUGUCUACAAGGCUGUGGGGAUGUGUGUAGCAGUCUUAGCUCUUUGCUGAGCCUGUGUGUGUGUGCGUGCGCGCGCGUGUGCGUGUGGUCUUAGCUCUAUGCUAAAACUGAGUGUGUGCUGAAGGGCGUCUUAGUUCUUUGGUGAGAUUGUCUUUGAGUGUGUUUGUGUGUAGCUGGAUGUUGCUGGAAAUAAAAACUUGGUUUCUUAAAGUUUCUUGUUGGGGAGGGGGUGGGGUUCGGAAUGAGGUCCCUUGGCUCCUUGUUUGUACGAACAGGAAAAUUGCCGAAAGCCCUGCUUCCCAGCAAGCUGGGCUGGUCCCCGGCUCCCUGUCGCACCCCUUCCUCCUUCCUGUCUCAAGGGGGAGCUUCUGAACAUUGGACCCUCAUUCCAGAGCCCUCUUGUGGCAGGCCUUCCCCUGCGGGAGGAGGGCACCCCGGGCCAAGCUGAUGCUGUGCUCUGGGCUUCUACUUGGUCUGUCCCACCAAGUGAGAGGAGAGAGUGCCCAUCCUCCCACCUCUGCCAACAGAUGCAUUAAAAGACUUUUCUAAAGCUAAGGAAAAACUCCCGAGCCUGAGGAAGGAGGAGUUCGCGAAUCAUUUGGAGAACUCCUUUAGUAGUAGUGUAAAGUAGUAACUACUACUUUAUUUAGUGGGGUAGACGUUUAAAGAGGAGAUAAUUUGAGACUGGGUCAUGAAGCGAUCUGCAUUUCAGUGGGAACAGGAGUCAUCAGGGUAGGCCUGCCUGUCAUAGCUCUCCUCUUCCCAUUGGGACCCUUCUUCGCCCUUAAAUUCCUGUUUCCCCGUCCACCACAGUCCUCAGGUCUAUUUAUGAACUAGCAAGAGGGUAAAUAAGGAGUCUUUUAGGGUAGAUUUUCCGUGGAGGAUACUAAGCGCCAUGUUGCCAUAUUCUGUUCCCUUAUCUGGAAAUCCUUAACAGAACUGAGGUUUCUUUUCUAUCAAGGAUCCAAAAGGAAAAACAAAAACCAAAUCAAACCGUCAGUUAAGGGUCAUGCACCAAUAAAAAAUAAGUUUUCCAGAUGGAAAUAAAAUCUAAUUCGACAAUAAAAGUAGAGAUUAUGAAAUGGUCCAGUAAGAAUGAGAUUUUUAAAGUAUGUUUCAGUUCUGUAUCAUGGUUGGGAGACAGGGUGGGAGGGUUGUGGAGGAAAGGCCACAGAGAAGCAGAGGUGAUUCACUGCUCCUGUAGGUCUGAGGCGGAUGGUUCCUCCCUCCCAAGGUCACUCGAGAUGGGUAUGAGUCAGUUCUUAUCAGCCUUGGAAUUUACCUCCAGCUUACAACAGUCCCUGGGAGUUGGAAAACACCUUGUCUGCUUUCAUUUUAGAAUGUCAAAACUAAUUUUUGUAAUAAAGGUUUAUUUUUCACAUCGA